GCUGUGACUGCUGAUUCAAUGAUUAUCCUCGCGUAAGAAGAACUGGAAAGACAGAAAAAAAUGGAGGAAAUCAAUGAAAAUUUGGAAAGAAGAUUGAAAACAUUGCAAGGAAUGUCACCUCAGAUUGAUUCAUGUGCGCCGAUAUCGAAACCGCGAGAGAACUUUAAUGACCUUUCGGACGAAGAGGAAUUGGAAAUAAUUAAGCGACUGACGGCGGAAGCGGGAUUAGAAGUUUCGCUUGCUAAUAGACUAGGUGGCAGCACAGAGCUGUAUGAUAAGAAUGCCGCGGGUAAAGGUUACAAACGUUCUGAGAAGGAAUCCAGUGAUUUGCCGUGGUGUAUUAUUUGUAACGAGGACGCAUCACUGAGAUGUCACGGCUGCGAAGGAGAUCUUUACUGCCUCCGGUGUUUCAAAGAAGGACAUGACAGUUAUGAUUUGAACGACCAUAAGACUUCAAAAUAUUCGGCACCUAAGAAUAUGGACUGCGAUUAAAUUCUGAGAACAGGAUUAAUUUGAUCUUGAACAAGUUCGGAAAAAUAAUAUCGAACUUUCUGAAUUCAUAUUUAACAGAAAACACAUAGAUGUCAAAAUUAACAUCUAUUAUUGGGAAAAUAACAAUUCGAUAGUUGACCAAAAAUUCUAGUUGAAAAUGCUGCGGUACUCGAACUGAAAUCUGAUGCUCGAACACCUGAGUGUGCCAUUGAGUGAGAUGACGUCACCGAAACCGCUCAUCUUAGCAGCCUUUUGACCAUUCAAAUGAGUGAUGCUCAAAUACGGACACAAAGGCCAAAUCAAAGUAGUACGUGUAUGCAAUCUGUCACAGUAGACUAUCGGUACACAAUGUUCACGACUAUCGCGAUAGCGGAACCGCCACAAGUUGCACAAUUUUUGGUGACAUAAUCGCUCACAGAUACGAAUCCCACAUAAUUUGCUCAAAAGUACAGUAUCUGAUAUAAAAUUUUGGGUACUCCCAAACUAUGUAAACCAAGAUGGUGGACAUCGGGACGUAGUAAUUUCAGGUAUAAAUACUACGAGAGUCACUUGGCUAGUCCCCGAACUCAUAAUAUAAUUAAAAUAGGUAAAAUUGGGAUAAUAUCAUGGCUUAAUCCUAACCUGGUACACAUACCACGUUCCGGUGUCCGCCAUUACGGUUCACAUACUUCGGGAGUACCAAUUUUAUAUUUAUCUUUAUUACGUUUAAUCUUUAUUGUGUGCACAUUUAAAUAAUAACAUUUAAAUAAUUAUUGUUGUUUAGUGAUUUUGGAAUAAUCUGCUGUUUUACUUGUUUUCUAAAUUUCUCCAUGUUCAACCAACAACAACAGAGUGUAUCCACAUGGCAUAGAUCUUGCAUUGCAGAGACACCGCCUUCAAUUUAUAAGUCGUGACAUAUUCUAUGAACCUUCUUCACACAAUUUUUUAAUUAUUUCUAAAAUCGAAAAUAUAAUUUCAAAUAACGAAGUGUA